UGGUGCGUAGCUCUUCGAACAUAAAUUGUUCGUUUUUCUUUUUUAAAUUGUUGAAAGCUCGACUUAGUUCGGGCAUUUUAUUCAAUUUAUUGUCGAAUAUCUUCGCGAAUUCGCUGGAAGCUGCCGAUUCCGCUCGCCAAGAUUGAAUAUCAACCGAGAUUCUCGCCGGCCCACAGCUCUGGUCAACAGUUUUAUAUGACGUCUUUAUUUUGGUGGAUCGAAUUCUUGGGACGAGGCAAUCCAGCAAACUACCGGCAACAGAUAGAACCCGUCUCCUUUGAGCCAGGCAGGUUUAUGCAUUUCCGAAGCCAUCCCAUCGGUGCACACCUCACGCAGCAUAGCCACCAGUACACUGGGAGAGCAGCGACAGAUUGUCAUGCUAUUAAAAGUUAACGCAUACAUGUCAAAACGGAAUAAGAAUUAGCCACGCACCCCCCUUAACAAUUGGUACCAAAGAUUGCAGCAGCAGCAGCGCCGGUCUUGUCUUGACUUGUCUUCUCUCUUCUGAGCAAAAUUCCUUCAUUUUCAUCUUUUUUGCCUGAUAUUUCCUUUCUUCUUUCGUUCUCCGCUCUAAGCGUUCUUCCUCUUCUGUGCUGAGUGGUAUCGCUCAAAAACGCCAAAAUGGGGAGCGUCAACGUCAACCGUAACCUCACCGACCAGUUCUACCGUUACAAGAUGCCCAAGAUCAUUGCUAAGGUUGAGGGCAAAGGUAAUGGCAUCAAGACCGUUCUGGUAAACAUGGGCGAGGUGGCCAAGGCCCUGAACCGGCCAGCCACCUAUCCUACCAAGUACUUUGGAUGCGAACUCGGGGCCCAGACUCAGCUGGAUGCCAAGAACGACCGCUACAUCGUCAACGGAGCACAUGAGGCUGCCAAACUUCAAGACAUUCUCGAUGGGUUCAUCCGUCGCUACGUUCUGUGUUCGUCGUGCUCCAACCCGGAGACUGUACUGAGUGUGUUGGCCCGUAAAGGGAUCAUCACCACCAAGUGCCGUGCCUGCGGCUACAGUGGCACGCUGGAUACCAACCACAAGCUGAACACCUACAUCCUCAAGAAUCCUCCUCCCAACGAGGAGGACAAGUCGUCUGCCGCCCCUGGCAGUAGCAAAAAGGGCAAGCGCAAAUCUCGGGAUGAGAAAAAGGGCAGCAAGGCGCACAAUGGCACAACCGAUGACGCCGCCUCUUCCCCUCCCAAAGACUGUGACGCUCACGAUGGCCAUGGUGAUCACGAAAAUGAUGCUGAUGACGACGAUUAUGACUGGGGAGAGGACACCAGCGCUGACGCAAAGGCUCGUCGCAUGGAAGCCCUGACGACCGGCGCCAAAGGGUUGAUGUUGGACGACGACCUGGACAAAAGCGAGCAAGAGCGCAUGAACAUCUUCUACAACUUUGUCAAAGCCCGGCUGGACAAGAAUUUGGACACCAAGGAAGUAUUUGGCGAGGCGGAGCGUCUAGAGGUUCGGGAAAAGGCACCCCUGGUGCUGUGCGAGCUUCUCUUUGAUGAGGGCAUGGCCACUCAGGUGGUGCAGCACCGUGCUCUGCUCCUGCGCUUCACACACGACUCUGCCCGCAGCCAACGCUACCUUCUUGGUGGCUUUGAACAGGUUGUGCGCGAGCACUCUGGUGUUCUGCUUCCUCGGGUGCCCCACGUGCUGAAGGCACUUUACGACCAUGACAUCUUGGAAGAAGAGGUGAUCCUCGAGUGGGCAAAGAAGUGUUCCAAGAAGUACGUGAGCAAAGAGAUGGCUCAGGAGAUCCACGACAAAGCAAAGCCGUUCAUCAAGUGGCUGCAGGAGGCUGAAGAAGAAGAAAGCUCCGGUGAGGACGAUGCGGAUUCCCAGGAUGAGAAUGUCGAGGUGGUGUACUCCGACCGCCACAUAAGCACCAGCAUUCAGGAGGUGAAGGAGGAGCCUUCUACACCUAAGGUCUUGGCCGCUCCCACCGCCAAGGCGUCCGCUCGUGAUGACGAGGAUGACAUCGACAUCGACGCCAUCUAGCGUGUGGACCUUUCUAUCUUUUGUUUUUCCAGUUUUGUUUUUCCUACAUUCGGUGUUCGCUCUGUGCUUAACCCUUCAUUUCGCCAAGGGGCGACGUCCCUUUUUUUCCCCUUCCUUCCGAGGCUGCGACGAGAGAUGACAAGACAAGACUGAUUGUUUCAAAAAGAGAGAGAGAAUGACAAAGGGGGAGGCUAACCACUAUACAUGAAAUAGAGCAAAACAAAAGUGAUUGUGUUUACCUGUCGAGAUUUUUUCUUUCUCAAGAUUGGAUUACGAAUGUGACAGUGCUGCUAUGUCGUCGUUUUCGUGAAAUUUGUACUUUCAGCUUUUUUGAUAGGUUCUGUGUGUAAGUGGUACUUCUUUCGACAUUCUGUAAUCGACUGCGAGAAAAAUAAAUGGUAUGCUUAUUUGAGUA